GGUGGUUGUUGCCAAUCUUGGGUCAGCGGUCAGCUGCGCGAUGUGCUAUCUGUGGAUGGGUGCUCAAUGAAUGGGGACGUGUUGGAACGAGCUGCGAGCAUGUAACUGCCCGUGAAACCUUCUCGUCAUAUUCGGCAAACGUUGACUACAAACGCUGCAAUGGCCAUCGCCGACGAAGACGAAGAUUUUCGUAUGGCUUUGGAGCUUCAGCUACAGAUUAAUGAAGACAAUGAGUAUCGUGAGAGUUUACAAAAAUGGGAUCACCCGAGUACAAAGGAACCAGUGGAAAGAUCUGUGGUGUCUUACUCGUCACGGAGUGACCUCUCAGUGGUGGAUCCCUUUUGGGAACUCAAUGAUCCCAACCCAGAUGUGUACAGCCUCUUCGUUGAAUUUAAUAAGGCCUUCUUCUUUGGAAAGCUGAAUGGCGUUGAAGUGCGCUGGAGUCCACGCAUGACCUUAUGUGCUGGUCUGUGCUGCUACGAGGGAAAAGGUGGCCUAUGUUCUGUACGCCUCAGUGAACCACUUUUGAAGUUGCGGCCAAGGAAGGACCUCAUCGAAACCCUGCUUCAUGAAAUGAUUCAUGCCUACCUCUUUGUGACCCACAACAAUAAGGAUCAUGAUGCUCACGGACCUGAAUUUCAUAAGCACAUGGAACGUAUUAACAAAGCAAGUGGAGCACAUAUAACGGUGUACCACAACUUUCAUGGGGAGGUGGCGAGCUAUCGUACUCACUGGUGGCGCUGUGAUGGCCCCUGCCAGCAUCGAAGGCCCUACUUUGGUAUCGUCAAGCGGACCAUGAACCGGCCACCAUCUGACAAGGACCUAUGGUGGGCUGACCACCAGCGCACCUGCGGUGGCACCUUUAUAAAGAUACGCGAGCCUGAGCCGAAAGCUCCAAAGGGGAAGAGGAAAGAUGGUGUUUUACCUGACAGAAAUGCGGCAAAGAAAUCGAAGAAGGCAGAUGGCACAGACAUCAGGACUCUAUUCGUUCCACAGCACAGCAUCAAGGCAACUGCAACUUCUGUGCCUGCUACACAUGUUCACCAAGGUGCACGUCCCAAGAUGUCGGAACCGCGCCUCUCCAGCUUUCCUGGCAUCAUGAAAAGGCUACCUAGCAAUGUGCACACGCUGUCUCAACCAGUGGUCAAGUCCCAAUCAAACCAGCUGGUUGCCUUCAGUGGCAGAGGCCACAUGCUGGGUAGUCAUUCCUCUAUAUCUCAGAUUGCAGAGAGAGGCAAUUUCUCCUCAAAAGAUAAAAGUUUAUUACCAGUUUCCAGCUGUGUCUUGGGAACACCCAUCAGGGAGACACAAAAUUUCCAGGUAGAUAAACCAAUAGCUGAUGGUUCUACAAAGUCAAGUCCUAGCCAUUUAGGGAACAGAGAUGGCGCUGAUAUAGAAGUCAAGAUGAGAACACCAAAGCUGUCUCAUUCAAUUCAGCCAACACUGAAAGAGCUUUUAGGUAAAAAAACAUCCCCUACAAAACGAACCAAUAGAAGAAUCAGUGCUGCCAAGAUGAAAUUCAUAAGAGAACUACUCAGCUCUGACAGUGAAUCUGACGAUGAAUGCACGAUAAUCAAUGCGGACAAUACUUUGAGAGGGCAAGAAACAGACUCUGGAAAGAUGACUGAACGGAGCAUAUCCACAUCACCAUUACACACUCCACUGAACACAAGCGCCACCACGAAUGUGAGCACUCCUAGUGAGUCGAGAUUAGUUGAAUGCCCUGCCUGUGGCAGCUUCAUGGAGGAGCAACACAUCAAUCGCCAUUUAGAUAUGUGCCUCAUUCAAGAUCACUAAUUAAUUUACAUGCAUUUUUGAGGAAAGUUGGAGGGUUGUAGUUUUGCAACCAGAUUGCAUAGUGCUGUCUCACUUUACAUGUUUAUGCAGAGUAGAUGAACCAGAUGGAUCUUAGAUUGUCCCCUGCUCUUAAGUUAUGUGUCAAAGAGCACACAUUCCAGUGGACACAAUAUCAGUGGCAGUCGUAAACUGGUUGCUUUGUCGGCAAGAGGCUCCAUGGAAGAGUUUUUUGUAUAGUGCUAUCUCAUUUUAUAUUUUUAUGCAGAUUAGCCUGCUGGAUUUGAAAUUGUGCAUUUAAUAAAUUCUAUUCGUACGUGCAGCGUACAUACGAAUGUCAGAGUGGUCACAAAUGUUGUAUAUUUAUGUGUCGGAGCACACACCUUCCAGUGGACACAAGUAUCAGUAGCAGUCAUAUAAACUGGUUGUUUUGUUGGCAAGAGCUCCAUGGAAGAGAUAUUUGUAUAUUGCUAUUUCAGUUUAUAUUUUUAUGUAGAGUAGCUAAGCCUGCUGGAUUUUAAAUUGUGCAUUUUAUAAAUUCUGACUGGUUGUCUUUGAGAGCUUCAUGGAAGAACUGGCUAAGAGUUGUCAUCUAUAUAUGUGCCUUAUUUAAUAUCGUGAUUGACUUGUGUGCACAUAGAAAGCAAUAGAGCAUUUUAGUAUUGCUGCAUGAUGUGUAUUUUGUGCAAAGUAGUUGUCUUCAGGUUAGACUGAUUGGCCGCUGCUGUUGGCAAGUUCUGUGUCAAAGAGCAAAUUAAAACAUCAUGUCCAUGCGA